AGCUUUCGUGAAGCGGAAGAAGUAUGAAUGCACUGACUACUGUGGAGACUGCAUUGGUGUAAAUUCUGCAUGGCCACUGCAGAUGUCGGAUUGAACAUACAUCAGGUUUUACUGGUUCGCUGCACGGAUAGCGCUGCUGUAAUAAGUCUGGUAUUUUACAGGCUUCCCUUACUGGGCCUCAGACAAUUAAAACUAUCUGGACUGUCGAAGAGGACGUUGUUCCAACAGACUCUCGUGUAGAGUUAGACGAUAACAGACAACAGGAUUAUUGGUGGAUAGGGUGUUGAACGUUUUGUUGACUCUAAUAGAUCAUGUAAAAUCUUAUCCAGGAUCUUUCUGAAGUAAGAGUAUCCUACAUCAGACAUUUAUUUGUCACAAUUUAAGUCAAGUUGUGAUAUUUACAAUUACGUUUGAUUGCUCUGGUCUAGCUGUUCUUUAUAUGAAUUCAGUGACAGAAUAGCUAGUGUACGGUACACAUUUACUAUCAUGUUUUUUUAUUUAAAGAAACGCUGAUGAAAUAAUAGCUUCGACGAUGGAUCGGGUACGUUUGGUUUACUUUUAUUAACAGUAUAAAAUGUAUUGGCCUAGUUAUCAUAUUUUAUCUUCCAUAUCCAUUCAUUCCAUUUGAACAGCUGGACAAAAUAAACAAUGAUGGUAAUAAACACUUGGGAUAUUUUGUCCUUCAGCAAAGUACCCUACUAGCCUAAAGCCCUCAGAUUGAUACAAGGCAAUGCGCAACGAGCAGGUAAAGUCAGAACCAUGGAGAAAUAAGCCAUAAUGUUGUUUUUACAUGGAAGCCAAUCCAGAAAAAAUACAUUACAACCUGUGUGUUGUGACUGUGUUGUUUGAUGCUGUUAGUUCAUAUGCCUUGACACAGCCGAUACAAGAAGACAGAGACGGAGAGCACAAAACAUUUUGCAUGUAAUGUACUUGCCUAGUUAAAUAAAAAUUUUUUUAAAAUCGGACUUCUAAACAAAUAUUGAUUUAGAGUUACCUCAAGUCGCAAAGACAACAGGCGACGCCUCCACUAUUCAAGCUCCAUUUCAACAUCUAAUCACCAAUGCUUAGUCUACUAAAUUGACAACUAAAACAUACCAAAAACGAUUUAGUCCGAUCAACCUAAACUAAAUAUGUCUAUCCAUGAUACUGAUAUCUGUGUGUGAGUGCAAGUACAAAAAAAAACAUGUUCACGCACCUAAUUUGUAGAGAAACGCUAAUGCCAUCCUCCUCUUUCAUGUUCCCUGAACGGUCUACCACUCUGUUUUGUUGUCCUAGGCUACCUGGCUAAAAUGCUUGCUCGCUAGCCUAAUUUCCAUUCAUAGUCAAGGAUGCGCCUGGCCAGCUAGUUAAUAACCAAUUUUGAAAUGAUUAAUCUUCAUGAGAAGUAACUGAGAUGCGCAUCUCGCUAUGCACUGGUAAAACAUUUCCUUUGGACAAUUAUUAUUUUGUGUUAUAUUCCAGUAUUAUAGUCGUGAGUUUUCAGUAUUUCCUGUGCCUAUUUAGCUGAAAUUCUUUCAUCGGAUUAAAACAGCACCAUAGCUUCCAUAAAGUGACCAUUGGACUUAAAUGUUUAACUUUGUAUCUGCAACAGUUUUUAUAACAUGUAUAAUGUAUCGCUCUCACGUGCACAUUUCUGUCCAUUAAGAACCAACGAUGUGCGACCUUUUUGUAGCUUUUCUGAUACUCAUUUCUUUUCAGGCAAAUCUCAAGAGUUCUAUCUGAAUGGGUCAGCAUCUUGGCAACAAUACAGCUGCUAUUAGCUAACGUUAGCUUGCUUGUCCAAAGUCCAGCAGCUAGCCUCUGUAGCUAGCUAGUUAACACCAGUCAGCUGAAAGCAUGCUAGCUAAUUUAGCCUCGCACAUCAACGUUUUUGGUGAUUGCUGAAAUGUAGCUGUUUACUUUGCAUAUAGCCUACAUCAUAUUGCUGAGUCUACGUUUAAACUCAGAAUAUGCUAUUCUGUUCUUUGGAAUGUUUUCCGUUUCCUAAUGUUUCUUAAUUCCUGCCUACAGAUGUAUUAGACUUUUUAAAAUGUAGACAACAUGUAUCAUUGUUGGAUUCUUCUUGUAUAGGCCAACCUCAAGUCCCGGCAGUGUGUUAACUUAAUUUAAACUAUUAACUUAAUAAAUAACUUACUAAAUAAAUGAAUAAUUUUCAAGACCAUGGUCCUUCCCCCACCAGCAGUGCAGCCACCAGUCCCAGGGGACCCCUCAAGGAGGUAUAGUGACAGACAGCUGUAGGGUACUUUGCUUUAUAAAAUAAGCAACAACCGCCUAGACCAACUUCAGGAUUUAAUUUAAUCAUAUAAAUUGACCAUGUUUUAUAUUGUUAAAUCAUGUUUUAUAGGGUUAAAUAAUGGUAGGCUAACAUCAAACCCAUGGCCCUCACGCUAGCUCCACUUCUGCCUAGAUACUAACUAUGUUAACGAAUCCCUAAUUGUCUUUCUGUCCUUCCAAAGUGUGCACUUAUUCACUUCCCUUCACUGAUUGGAAAUGAAAUGACUGGUAUAAAACAUAUGGUGGAUACACCCACUAGCCCAUGACUCCAUCAAUCUAAUUAUGUUUCUCUUUGGUACAAUUUUCACCAUUAUGUGGUACAUUUUCACAACUUUAAGCACAAAAAUCUGUUUCAAACCUAGCCCAUUUUCAAUUGAUUCGUUUUGAAAAUAUUUUCCUGACAUUUUUUUUAAACUGCUAAAAACUGAACUACGAAACCAGAAUUAUAUAGUGUAGUUUUUUUUUAAAGUACUGAAAUAAAUUAGUUUAUUCCAUUCAUUAUCUGAAUAUUGUUGAUACACUGUAAGCUGAUGAUUUUAGAUGAGGAUGCUGUUACAGUAACAAGUCACAUAGAAAAGUGGAUCUGAGCAAUGUUGCAUGGGGCAGAAAUUGCACCAGGCUGCACAAUAAAUGUUUACUGUAGGCUUCUGCUACAUGUUACAAUACCCCAUAUCUGAUGGUUUCUUCUACGUAUGUGCUCUAUAAGGAUACUGAAACUAUGAGACUGACAUUUUUCUCAACAUGCUCCAAGUGGGAUAACUAGCAGCAAUAGUUCUGGUGUUUUAAGUUUUGCGUCACUGGUUAUUUGAACAAAUAAUGAUUUAGCAGGUGUUACCGUCUUUCAAAUUUCGGAAGGGGAGGGGGCAUUCGGCCCGUGUCUUGAGAGACGGGGGAGCUUCUCAUUCCGGUUCUGCUCCUCGUUCUAGCAUCUCCUAAUCUCUCCCAAUAUGUAUGAAACCAGAAUUUAAUCGAGUGACUGACCAAUUACGUGACACUUAAAUUCUGUGUUGACCAAGAUUAACUCAGGGUUGAAAGAUGUGUUCAACUCCACUGAAUGUUGAAUCAAAGGUUCUGAACAUAAGACUGGAUAUUACAAAAAUAUAUACCACUUCAAUUUGAAAAAUUGGCCGACGUAAUUGAGAAACUACAUAUGUGUAAAGUAGUGAACGAUUGCACACUUCAGGAGAAUGGUGCAUCCUUAUAAUACCUCCUGUCAAUCAGAGAUUUAGACUAAAGUAAUCAAAUGUUUGGUCUAAUGAUAUUCUAUGUACAAUACUUCCUGUGGUCACCAGGACAGAGCUAGCCCGUCCCCCUCCACCCUGCCAGAGUCCCCGGGUCGCAACUCUUCCGGUAGCGCUUUACUGUUGGAUCUGAAGAGGGUGUCUGUGCGGCUGGUCGACUGCAGGAAAACACCAGGGCAGAGUGGAACUGUGAGAAAAGGACACAAGGAGGGAGAUGAAGAUUUGAUUUCAUCAAGUAAGAACAAUGGGGACUCCCAUAACCAUCACUCUUUCAGUGGAAGGGACUUAUCAUCUGGGGAGCCUCAACAACAACAUGUUGCUGAAGAGGCAGAGAAGAGUCUCUCCAGAUCAGAUCACCUCAAGAAACACCAGCAGAGAAGUACAGUGAAGAAACCUCACCACUGUUACUCUAACUUUGGGAAGAGUUUUACUAGACUGAGGUCCUUAAUUCACCAGCAGAUUCAGACUGGAGAGAAACCGUACUGCUGCUCUCAGUGUGGGAGGGGUUUUACUGCAUCUAAUGCCUUAAAAUAUCAUCAGAAAAUUCAUACAGGGGAGAGGCCUUACCCCUGCCUUGAUUGUGGGAAAAGCUUUGCUAAUUCAGGAGGCCUGACCAUACACAAGCGUUUACACACUGGAGAGAAGCCUUAUAGCUGUGAACAGUGUAGGAAGAGCUUCAAUCAGUCAGGACACCUGACUACACACCAGCGAACACACACUGGAGAGAGGCCUUAUAGCUGUGAUCAAUGUGGGAAGAGAUUCAAUCAGUCAGGAGAGCUGACUACACACCAGCGAAGACACACUGGACAGAGGCCUUAUAGCUGUGAUCAAUGUGGUAAGAGAUUCAAUCAGUCAGGAGAGCUGACUACACACAAGCUAACACACACUGGAGAGAGACCUUACGUCUGUCUAUGUGGAAAAAGCUUUGCUCGAGCUUCCACCCUGACUAGACACCAGCGAACACACACUGGAGAGAAACCUUAUAGCUGUGAUCAGUGUGGAAAGAGCUUUUCUCAAACUUUCUCCCUGACUAAACACAAGCUAACACACACUGGAGGGAAAGAAGCCUUAUAUCUGUGAUCAGUGUGGGAAGCGCUUCAGUCAGUCAGGGACCCUAUAUUCACGUCAGUGAACACACACUGGAGAAGGAACCUUAUGUCUGUCUAGGUGGGAAAAGCUUUGUUAAUUUAGGUCCAAUGGAAGAAAAAACCCCACCAGAAAACAAAACCAUGCCGUAUUUCAUCUCCCUCCUCUCCGGCACCGGUUUCAGAUCCAUAAAUAAAUGAUCAAUAGAAAACAUCUAGUGAACAGUCAUAUCCAUCUCCCAUUCUUAAACAGUUGCAUUAGUCUGAUCACCAUGGUAACCUCUGUGCAGCAUAAUAUGCAGCUCUGAUCUAGGAUCAGGUCUCCCCUGUGUCUAUGUAAUAUCACACAUUGGGAUCUAAAUGGAUAAAUGUUAUCAUAGAAAAUGUAAUAGUGAACCUGUGUGGGGGGGUGUUGAUAAUUGUAUCUUUCAUCUACUCAUGAUACUAUUAUUAUUAAAUGUCAUUAUGUAGAAUAAUGUUUCAACAAUAGGUGUAUAUUCAUUUAUUCAAUUGAUCAAUAUAUUAAAUCAAUUAUCUUCUAAACAAGAAUUUAUCACUUUCAUUU